AUGGUCAAGACAAAAUUGACAGUCAUUUCAAAUUUUAUUUUUCUGGGAUUUAUUCACUACCCCAAAGCUGAAAGCCCCAUAUUUGAGCUGCACUGGCUGAUGUACCUGGUCACCUUGCUGGGUAAUAUUAUUCUGAUCUCCAUCACCAUCCUGGAUUCCUGCCUGCACACACCCAUGUACUUCCUUCUCAGCAACCUCUCCUUUCUGGACAUCUGGUACACUUCUUCUGUUCUCACUGUAAUGCUGGCAGACUUCAUUUCAGGGAAAAACACCAUCUCAUUCCCAGGAUGUGCCACUCAAAUGUCCCUUGCCAUGGGCUCCACUGAGUGUGUGCUCCUGUCAAUGAUAGCAUAUGACCGAUACGUAGCCAUCAGCAACCCCUGGAAGUACCCCAUUAUCAUGAACAAGAAGGUUUGUGUGCAAGUUGCAGCAGGCUCCUGGGUGACAGGCUCCCUCACCACCCUGGUGGAAACAAUGUCUGUGCUGCAUCAGCCUCUCUGUGGAAAUAGCAUCAUUGAUCAUUUCACUUGUGAAAUUCUGGCUGUCUUGAAACUGGUUUGUGUAGGCACUUCCAAGGUACAAUUAAUCACUCUGGUAAUCAGUGUGUUUCUUCUUCCUGUGUCAGUGCUUCUCAUUUGUAUCUCUCAUGUGUUCAUUCUCUGCAACAUCCUAAGAAUCACUUCAGUGGAUGGUCGAAGCAAAGCCAUUUCAACGUGUGCAGCUCACCUAACUGUGGUGGGUUUGUCCUCUGGGACAUGUCUCUCCACAUACCUAAAGCCCUCAGCUGUAGGUUCACAGGAAAUAGACAAAUUUAUAGCUUUGGUAUAUGCUGGAUUAACCUCCAUGUUAAAUCCUAUCAUUUAUAGUCUACGAAACAAAGAGGUGAAAGCAGCUGUGAAAAAAUUGCUGAGUAGGAACGCUCUUUGUGCUCUUUUAAUACAUAGUACCAAAUAA